AUGUUUGUGCCAUGCAGAACCCAGAUCUCCCGAUCUUUGGCACACUCAGUUAGGUACGCCUCAAAGCAGGUGGCCACUUCGCAUAGUUACUCGUCAGACCUUCCCACCGACAUCCCCGUGCUCUCUAAACGUCCUCAUACAAACCUUCUGGACUAUACAUUCACAACCUUCGACAAGAUGAAAAACUGGGCUAGAAAAUCGUCAUUCUGGCCAAUGACAUUCGGUCUGGCAUGCUGUGCCGUCGAGAUGAUGCACGUCUCCGCACCAAGAUACGACCAAGAUAGAUUGGGUAUUAUUUUCAGAGCCUCUCCAAGACAAUCGGAUAUUAUGAUUGUUGCUGGUACCGUCACCAAUAAGAUGGCCCCAGCUCUCAGACAAGUCUAUGACCAAAUGCCAUAUCCUAGAUGGGUCAUUUCCAUGGGUUCAUGUGCCAAUGGUGGUGGUUAUUACCACUAUUCUUACAGUGUCGUUCGUGGUGUGGACCGUAUUGUUCCCGUGGAUAUUUAUGUCCCAGGCUGCCCCCCAACUUCGGAAGCUCUGAUGUACGGAGUGUUCCAGUUACAAAAGAAAAUGAUGGACGGGCAGACACACAGAAUGUGGUAUAGAUCUUAUUAG